GCAGCUUCGAUUUAUCUGAUUCAAACGCGUGCCGGCUUUUCUUGUACACCUCUACGAGUGCUGGUGUGAAAUGUACGAAGAAGCUCGGCUCGCGUUUGAAUUAUUAGAAACGAAGCUGCCUGUACUCGUAAAAGAACCGAGAACCCAUCCUCAAAUCAGUCAGAGAGCAUGAUUUACAAGCCGGUGAAGCUGGCAGUCAAACUUCAGCAUUUAGGGUUAGAUCUUUCUUUGAGGAAGAACAUUUAUUUUGAUGCAUCGCCAAAAAGCACACUCCAUCAUACACAAAGUUCGAACGGAUCUGGGAUCUUCGCUUGCUAACUUUGCUCCGUCAAUCACCAUCGUCGGUGCAAAGUCGACGAUGACAAGAACCUACCGUACAUUGAGGACCUCAAUCACCCUUUCGUUUCUCUUCAACCUCAGUCUUGAUAAUCACAGAUAGAUAAGAAACGAGCUGGAAACGUCUCGGGACCGUUUGAGGGCGCAAGACAAGAAACGAAUUGGAAACGUCUCUUCCCAUGUCGACCAAACCAAACCAUAUGAAUCGACAACGCACACAAAUCCAGAAUCUUCUAUCAUAGUUAAAACAAACAACACGUGGAAACCAGGACGACAAUGAUGAACCCUUUGGAUCUUUCUUGCGCUGCUGAUAAUGUUAGACGAUCCACUGCUUGUCGAGAUCCUGAGGCUUGUCGCACGGAGGAAGAGUUGACACAUCAUCAUGAUAUCAACACCGGCAGCAUUAGUAAAGCGGUUUUUGAUCAAAGUGCGGCCGUGUUCGAUCCUGCUCAAUGCCUGGCGCUUGAUAAGUCUCUCUUUGAUGAAACCUUGGAAGACCAAGAAAGUAGUAUCUUGUCAGAAGAUGAACAGGAACGAGGAAAGCCAUGGCUAGGACCAGAAAAAAACGCCACGUCUCCUCUUCCCAUUCCAAUCCAACACGUCAAUCCCAUGGCGAGCUCUCUGCAGCGACCAGCAGUACAAUUUGCAGAUACUGUGGUGGAGUACAAUGAUGAAGAAGAUUUGGAAGUGGGCAAGACAUGCUGUAACUCCUGGAAUCGACCAAACUCCAUUGGGGACCUUGUGACUGCUAUUCGCAAUCGACAAGUAGUUGACCGAGAUGGAUCUGUGGAACGCCGCAUACAAGACUUUGAACGUGCCCGUACGUUGCGCCAGGACAAGUACCGGGCAUCACGUCCAUGGGGCAUCUUGGGCAUGUUUGAUCAUUUGUCAGGUAUUCGCGACGAUCUGCAAUGGGCGGAACAUGCGGCAGCACGAAGAGCCCAGCAGGAACCAUACGUGGGAUGGGCUGACUACAUGAAGGACCAUGAACGCAACUACCACCGUCUCCCGGUAUUCGUCAUUGCCGUGACAAUCAUCAGCACGGUCAUGUUUAUCUACACAAUGUCGCUGGCAGAUUGGAAGUUUGCUCCUCCAAAGGUCAACCCAAUGAUUGGUCCACCACCAGAGGCACUUUUGGAAGCGGGCGCUUUGAACAGCUAUCUUGUCGUUGUUGAAGGACAAUGGUGGAGAUUGUUUGCUCCUUUGGUUCUCCAUGCUGGGAUCAUCCAUUUUGUAUUCAACAUGCUGGCAAUCUGGUUUAUUGGCGGCCCACUAGAAAAGAUCCACGGUUCUACAAACGUUGGUUGCCUGUUUGUCAUAUCUGCUGUGGGAGGAAAUGUCUUGAGUGCCGCAUUGCAGCCAAAUGUGAUCAGUGUUGGAGCUUCUGGCGGCAUUUUCGGAUUGGUGGGUGUCUGCUUGGCAGAUAUCUUUGUCAAUUGGGAUCUUCUAUUCCUGAACCUUGGCAACGAAGAUGAACGAACCCCCUGCAACAAUAUACAAGUGCUCUUUUGGCUCUUAUUUGAUGUUCUUGUCAACUUUAUGUUGGGAUUGACUCCCUUCAUUGACAACUUUGCUCACAUGGGAGGCCUGUUCUAUGGAAUCUUCUACGCACUUCCUCUUGUUGACCGACUUGGUAUGCAUUUCUUUGGUCAACUGGGAUUCUGCUUCAAGCUACAGAACUGUUCUCUACGCGCCUUUGGGUUCAUGGCAGGAUGUACCCUGCUUUUAGUGAGUUCCCUUCUUCUCCUAAAGAGUGACGGAUACAGCUCUCCUUGUGAACGAUGCCGAUUCAUUUCGUGUGCACCAUUUCCUUUCUGGAAGGAGGAGAAAUGGUGGGAUUGCUCUCUGGAAUGAAAGAAUUUGUUUGGCCAGCGGAUUCUCUUGUUCAGAAACUACACAACAUGGCGGAUUCAUCUGUCAGCUCCAGACGCAGUCUACACAAAUUGUAAUGUAAUAUUAUGCUUUAUUAUUCUAAAUUCCUUUGAUGAUUUCC